AUGCGGAACGUCACGGUACGCAUCCACGCAUUUGGCGUCCGCACAAGAGCUGCCGGCCGCAACUUUGCCAUCACCUCCUCGGCCAGGACUGCCCGAAUCUAUCGUCCCGACAUCGAACCUGGGAUCGCGCAAUCGCCCGCUUUCUUCCGAUGCGCCCAUGACCCCGGCACUGUCCCCGCGCCGGGCCACAGAAUCGCACGCGACGCGCGGCCGCCGCAGCUCGCAGCAGCAGCAGCUAUUCCGACCAUAUGA